AUGACUUCCAACAUCACUAUUGAGGAGACUUCGAUCUCUCAACCAGGAGAGACACGCCUGUAUUUUCAGCAAAAUGGUCAAAUGAUCUCUCCUUGGCACGACAUCCCCUUGUUCGCGGAUCGAGAGUAUGGAAUUCUAAAUAUGGUUGUGGAGAUUCCGCGAGAGACGAACGCAAAGAUGGAGAUCACGAAGGAAAUUAGCCUCAACCCGAUCAAGCAGGACAUUAUAAAAGGAAAGCCGCGAGAGCUCGCCGAUGUACCUCCGUUCCGUGGCUAUCCUUGCAACUACGGUGCCAUUCCACAGACCUGGGAAGACCCCAAUGCUAUUGACUCUCACACCGGCGUCGCAGGAGACGAUGACCCACUGGACGUUUGCGAAAUUGGCAAUCACGUUGCCAAAUGUGGUGACAUUAAGAAGGUGAACCCGCUAGGGGCUUUUGCUGUACUAGACGAAGGGGAAACAGAUUGGAAAAUCGUCGCCAUCGAUGUCAGCAAUCCUCUUUCUGAGAAGAUGACAGAUAUUGGAGACGUGGAAAAACACCUGCCUGGAUAUUUGGAGUCCCUGAAAACUUGGUAUUGCAACUACAAGGUGUCGGAUGGAAAGGAACCAAAUACCAUUGCGCUUGAUGGGAAGCUUAUGGAUCGGCAGUAG